UACACCUCAUCCUAAGUCUGCUUCCAAAAUGGUUCUCAAGGCCAUUGAUUAUGAUGCUGCUCGGUCGACACUACAGAUCCUAGACCAGCUAGUACUACCUCAUAAUAUGCUCUAUAUCCCCAUCCACAACAGUCAAGACGCAUUUGAUGCCAUCAAGAGCAUGAAGGUCCGUGGUGCGCCUGCUAUUGCUCUUGUCGCCAUUCUUGGCCUUGCUGUUGAUCUCGAGCACAACUUCAAACCCUCAAAAAAGACUGCUGAAGAGAUAAAGGCUUGGCUUAUUGACAGGCUAGAUUUUCUGGUUCAGUCGAGACCUACGGCCGUCAAUUUGCAUGAUGCUGCAGAAAAGCUCAAAAGGGUCAUCUCUGGUACGUUCUCUGAUGGUGCGACUAUUGCAAAGAGAUACAAGGAAGCGGCAGAAGCUAUGUUUGCGAGUGAUUUGCAGGAUAAUCUCUCCAUCGGCCGUCAUGGCGCAAGGCAUAUUCUCAAUCUUGCAAAAGGAAGACCAAUCAACAUGUUAACAAUCUGCAAUACCGGUUCUCUUGCAACAUCAGGCUACGGAACAGCCUACAGCGUGCUCUAUCAGCUUCACGAAGUAAUAGCCCUGACGCACGCUUAUUUCUGCGAGACACGACCGUAUAACCAAGGCGCUCGUCUCACCGCCACAGAACUCCACUAUGACGGGAUUCCAUCCACCAUGGUUCUCGACAGUUCUAUCGCUGCACUACUAGCAGGUGCCAAUCCAGCAUGUCCCACAACGACAAACGGUAGUGGUAUCACAGCUAUUGUUGUCGGUGCUGAUCGUGUUGCUCGGAAUGGUGAUACCGCCAAUAAAAUUGGAACGCAACAGUUGGCCACCUUGGCACGAUUCGCUGGUGUUCCUUUCUUUGUGGCUGCACCCUGGACGACGAUUGAUUUGCAGACACCAUCAGGCAAGGAGAUUACGAUUGAGCAACGCCCAGCAAGCGAAGUCCGACGUGUCGCUGGUGCUCUCCUGAGUGAUGACGGAUCGGUGGUGUUGAGCAGCGAUGGACAGGUCCAGCGUGGAUUUGUGGAAGUGGUCAAGGAGGAGAUUGCUGUUUGGAAUCCAGCGUUUGAUGUCACGCCGUAUGCGCUCAUCAGUGGCAUCAUCACGGAACGUGAUGUGUAUGUCAAAAAUGCACAGGGAGUCUUUGAGCUUGCAGAAGAGGCAGCAAAAGUACCUAGCCAGUCAAAACCAUCGACUGUGACAACAUCAAAUGAGGAGCAUCAAUAGAUUGAAGAGAUAAGUAUGCAGUUAUAGAAUGAUAGAAUGAUUGAAAGAGCGCUUCCUGAUGACCGAGUGUCGGUCCUUACCCGUUGAAUGGUUUCUCAGCAAGCCACUGCUUGACCAUCUUGAGUGAUGCUUCAGGUUGGUCAUACGGUACCAUGUGACCAGCUCCCCAAAUGCGUGUGUAGACCAAGUUCUUGUACUGCCAAGUAAGACCUCCCGACCAUGCAGUCUGGUUGUUGGCAGCUUGGUGGCGAUACCCAGCUUGUCC